CGCGCAUGCGCAGCCUGAAAGCCGGCAUUGGACGGAGCGGUGCGGGAGCACGUCACUUCCGAGGCGGGAGGCUGAAGCUGAUUGACCAUGGUGUCUCAGGCAAGCAGGAAGAAUCUGCUGAAGGUAAGGGUCAUGGACUUUAUCACCUCUACGGCCGUCCUGCCCCUGCUGCUUGGAUGCCUGGGCAUCUUCGGCCUGGUCCAGCUGCUGCAGUGGAUACGCAUGAAGGCCUACCUGCGGAAGGCUGUCGUGGUGAUUACAGGUGCCACCUCAGGACUGGGAAAAGAAUGCGCAAAAGUCUUCUAUGCUGCAGGCGCUAAGCUGGUGCUUUGUGGCCGGAAUGGGGAGGCCCUAGAAGAGCUUACCAGAGAACUCACCACUUCUUCUGCCACCAAGGUGCAGACACACAAGCCUUACACAGUGACCUUCGACCUUGAAGACCCUGGGGCCAUAGUUGCAGCAGCAGCUGAGAUCCUGCAGUGCUUUGGCCAUGUGGACAUACUUGUCAACAAUGCUGGGAUCAGCUACCGUGGUGCCAUCAUGGACACCACACUGGAUGUGGACAAGAGGGUCAUGGAGACAAACUACUUUGGCCCAGUUGCUCUAACAAAAGCGCUCCUGCCCUCCAUGAUCAGGAGGAGGCAAGGCCACGUCGUUGCCGUCAGCAGCGUCCAGGGCAAAAUCAGCGUUCCUUUCCGAUCUGCCUACGCGGCCUCCAAGCAUGCAACACAGGCAUUCUUUGACUGUUUGCGUGCAGAGAUGGAACAGUAUGAAAUUGAGGUGACUGUCAUCAGCCCCGGCUACAUCCACACUAACCUCUCUCUGAAUGCCAUCACUGCUGAUGGGUCCAGAUAUGGAGUCAUGGACAAGACCACAGCUCAGGGACGAAGCCCUGUGGAGGUGGCCCAGAAUGUUCUUGCUGCCGUGGGGAAGAAGAAGAAGGAUGUGAUCCUGGCUGACCUACUGCCUUCCUUGGCCAUUUAUCUUCGAACUCUGGCUCCUGGGCUCUUCUUCAGCCUUAUGGCCUCCAGGGCCAGAAAAGAGCGGAAAGCCAAAAACUCCUAGUGCUACGUCAGAGCCAAAUCUCCGACCAGCCAGAGCCGGGGCAGAGAAGCAACACCUCUAUGGGGGACAACUGCAUUUGUUGAGGUCUUGUGGAGAUUUGUCUCACAAGUGGGAUUCAAGAAAUACUUCUGCAGGUCCCUGGCUAGGUCCCUGCUGGCAGAGGAGGGGAAGCAAAAGGCAACAAGCUGCUUUUGCAGGGCUGAGGGGUAACACUUAAGAAAUAAAUAGGGAGUCUGGGUUUUAACUCUAAAAUGAAAUAAAUGACUUGAACAGUAA